AUGUCAAGCUAUUCUUCGCUAUCUCGAGUACUUUCGCCGUUCCGGGUACAAACUAAAUUCGAGGAAAAUACUCUACCUGCUAGGCGUAUUGUUGAAAUGUCGUUUUAUUGUGUCGUUCUAACUUAUCCCCUUCCUGACCCUUUUCCGGUUAACAUUUUCCAAGACAACUUGAUCUCUGAAAAUGAGAUGAUCCCUAAAGCAGAACUCACCUUUGGGCAUCUCAAGCAAAUGAUAGUUAGGGUUAUGGAGAAGAGCCCCACUGUUUACAAGAAUAUUUGCGAGGUGAAGUCGCUAUGGAAAGUUGAAGGGCUUGCCGAAGGUGACAAUAAGUGGACAAUUCUUGAGGAAAUAGCUAAUGAUAAAGACGAAACUAGCAUUGAACAAAAAUUAAGAGCUUUCGGAAAUAAGUUGAAAUCAA